AUGUUCAGUUCUCCCCGACGAUGGCUCUUCAUCGUCAUUCCGAUCCUUACAUUUAGCUUCAUUUAUUACAUUUUCCGACUUCCAGAGUCAAACCCGGUCCCUGUGAACACCGAAACCCCUCGCCCGGAGGAUCCGAUCGUGGUCGCAGACGAGAAGCAGCAAGAAACACCGUACCAAUCCUCAGAAAUAAACGAAGAUAAAUGCGGCCACCUUCUCCACAAGCUUGACGAUGUGAUGGUUAUUUUGAAGACCGGAGCGACCGAAUCCCUCGAAAAAGUUCCCAUCCACCUCCGCACCACCUUCCAAUGCGUUCCGCACUUUGCCGUCUUUUCCGACUAUGAAGAAACCAUCGAAGGCGUCCGAACCUACGAUGUCCUCCAAAACGUCACCUCCGAAACCCAAGCCAACCAGCCCGAAUUCGGGAUCUAUCGCCGCCUGCAGGAAGUCGGUCGCGAAGGCCUUACUGAUGCCGAAUGGGGUGACAAUGAAAACGGCCCGCUCGGCAAAGUCAACAACCCAGGCUGGAAGCUUGAUAAAUGGAAAUUCCUCCCCAUGAUCGAUGGAGCUUUAGACCUCAUGCCAGACGCGAAGUGGUACGUCUUCCUCGAGGCAGACACAUACAUGGUCUGGCCGAACCUGGUCAACUGGCUCUCGCAUCUCGACCACGAACGCCAUUAUUACCUCGGCAGUCCCAUGCAGAUCGGCGAUGUCUUGUUCGGAUAUGGCGGCGCCGGCAUCGUGCUAUCGAGCUACACCAUGCAAAUGCUUAGCGAACAUCGCGGGCGCUCCCAGACAGAGCUGGAAGAGAUGACGGCCGCUGAGUGGGCUGGAGACUGCGCGCUCGCCCGAGCUUUGCAGGACGUGCGCGUCGAUUUGACGUGGGCCUGGCCCAUGAUGAUGACGUCUCGUCCUUGGGAGAUCGAUCACUUUUCCGAGGGAUACGGGCGCCAGCCAUGGUGUUACCCGGUCAUCUCGUAUCACCACAUGCAACCGGAUGAUAUCGAGACAAUGUGGAAGUUUGACCGUCAGUUCUUCGCGAGUGGCAAGAAUGCUUUGAUGUUGCAUGCCGACGUUUACCAGAAACUCGUCUACAAUGACACCUUCAAUGCCCGUGAUGACUGGGACAAUCUAUCUGCUGUCCAAAUCGACUUCGCGGAGGGCACAAUCCCGAGCGUCCAGACCUGUGCCGAGGUCUGUGUCCGGAAUGAAGAGUGUUUGCAAUAUUCCUUCGAUGAGAACGAAGGCAUUUGCAAACACGCUUCCACGACUUUCGCUGGCCUUGCUAAAAACGGGACAUCGUCUGGCUGGAUCAGACCACGAGUCUCAAAAUUACUCAAGGCCUUCCAGUCCUCAUGUGAGGGCGUGGAAUAUAUUUUUGCCUGA